UCUACAACGUUGUGUCCAUCAUAACGUUCAAUAAUAAAUUAAUUGUAUUCAUUCUUGCACCAUGCGAUCAAUUAUCAGUUCUAAACAUGUAUUUUUAUUUGCUAUGCUGUCUGCAGCAUGAUAGACAGUUGGUCGGAGCUCGUCACCGGAGUUGCGCGUUUUAAACGAACGAACGAACGACUAAAAUUAACGAGUCACUCAGAAAAUCGAAUUAUGACUCCAGUCAGUAAAAAGAGUCGUUCAAAAAGCACGAAUCGUUCGCGAGCUGCACAUCACCACGGAGUAGCCUAGCUACCUGUCAGUAAAAUAGAGCACUUCAGAACAGCAGCAGGCACCGCACUCGCAUCACAGCAACACGGUGGUGGACAGAGGAAUGGGGGGUAGCUAGCUAGUUAGCUAGAUUUCCGAGAAUAAGGAAAAGCUCACUACAAUCAAUCAAGAUGGUGUCGUGGAUUAUCUCCAGGAUGGUAGUCCUGGCCUUCGGGACCCUCUACCCGGCCUACUCCUCAUACAAGGCUGUCAAGACAAAGAAUGUGAAGGAAUAUGUGAAAUGGAUGAUGUACUGGAUAGUGUUUGCGUUAUUCACGACGGUGGAGACCCUCACAGACUUGUUCAUGUCCUGGUUUCCUUUCUACUUUGAGCUGAAGAUAGCCUUUGUGAUCUGGCUCCUGUCUCCGUACACUAAGGGCUCCAGCGUGCUCUACCGCAAGUUUGUCCACCCCACCCUGUCCAAUAAGGAGAAGGAGAUCGAUGAGUACAUCACCCAGGCUAAAGACCGUAGUUAUGAGACUAUGAUGAGGUUUGGGAAGAGAGGUCUGAACUUGGCUGCUACUGCUGCCGUCACCGCAGCUAGCAAGGGCCAGGGUGUGCUGUCGGACAAGCUGCGUAGUUUCAGCAUGCAGGACCUGACUCUGAUCAACGACGGGGAGGAGAUGGGCCUGCGCUCCUCUGACCCCCGCAUGAGGAGAGAUGCCAUGGACGACAUGGCUACUGGAGCCAGCACGCUGCCCCGCGCCAAGACCACGCGCCAGACUCGUUCCUCAUCUGCGACUCCUCAUCUCGACGAAUCAUCGCAGCACAGCUCGGACCAAUCAGACACCAGGAGCAUCACCACAGAGCAUUCUGAUGAGGACAUCGUGGAGAAGGUCCCCGUGAAACGCACGGCCAGCGUCAAGGCAACCAAGAAACCCUCCGCCGCCAAGACAGAGACUACGACUAAGACGGUGAAAAAGACACCAAAGAAGAAGACAACCACCACAGCUACAGCCAGCAACAACGCUGAGUCACCAUGAUACCUGUAUCUACUGACCCCAUCUACACCGUACUGCACUCCACUACAGCCACGCAGCAGGCCCUCUCAGUCUGUCCCCAUCUACACCUUACUGCACACCACUUCAGUCUGUCCCCAUCUACACUGUACUGCACACCACUUCAGUCUGUCCCCAUCUACACUGUACUGCACACCACUACAGCCACGCAGCAGACCCUCUGUCUGUCUCUCCAGUCCACACACAAACGGAUCUCUGGAGUGUCACUCUCGCCAGUUAAGCGCAACUCGCAGGUUUAGUUCUGCUGUAGAUGGCCAGCAGGUUUAGUUCUACUGUAGAUGGCCAGCAGGUUUAGUUCUACUGUAGAUGGCCAGCAGGUUUAGUUCUACUGUAGAUGGCCAGCAGGUUUAGUUCUGCUGUAGAUGGCCAGCAGGUUUAGUUCCACUGUAGAUGGCCAGCAGGUUUAGGUCUACUGUAGAUGGCCAGCAGGUUUAGUUCCACUGUAGAUGGCCAGCAGGUUUAGUUCCACUGUAGAUGGCCAGCAGGUUUAGUUCUACUGUAGAUGGCCAGCAGGUUUAGUUCCACUGUAGAUGGCCAGUAGGUUAUGGCCAGCAGGUUUAGUUCUACUGUAGAUCUCAACAACACUGUUGUUUUAUUUAGCCUGCUGCUUACAUUCUAGGUUUUAUAGUCAUUACCCGCAGUGGGUGUGUGGCAGUGAUAGCCUGUUAUCUGGACUGAAAAAGAGUACGGUUGGGGCCCUCCCAGGCCAUCCAAGGCCCCACACUGGAUUGACUUGACAUAAUCCUCUUGGCCCCCUUGGGAGCAUAGGGCAUCCACCACGGCUCUCCACUUCCCUCACUAUGCUAGGGCAUCCACCACGGCUCUCCACUUCCCUCACUAUGCUAGGGCAUCCACCAUGGCUCUCCACCUCCCUCACUAUGCUAGGGCAUCCACCACGGCUCUCCACUUCCCUCACUAUGCUAGGGCAUCCACCACGGCUCUCCACCUCCCUCACUAUGCUAGGGCAUCCACCACGGCUCUCCACCUCCCUCACUAUGCUAGGGCAUCCGCCACGGAUCUCCACUUCCCUCACUAUGCUAGGGCAUCCACCACGGCUCUCCACCUCCCUCACUAUGCUAGGGCAUCCACCACGGCUCUCCACUUCCCUCACUAUGCUAGGGCAUCCACCACGGAUCUCCACUUCCCUCACUAUGCUAGGGCAUCCACCACGGAUCUCCACUUCCCUCACUAUGCUAGGGCAUCCACCACGGCUCUCCACCUCCCUCACUAUGCUAGGGCAUCCACCACGGCUCUCCACUUCCCUCACUAUGCUAGGGCAUCCGCCACGCUCCACCUCCCUCACUAUGCUAGGGCAUCCGCCACGGCUCUCCACUUCCCUCACUAUGCUAGGGCAUCCACCACGGCUCUCCACCUCCCUCACUAUGCUAGGGCAUCCACCACGGCUCUCCACCUCCCUCACUAUGCUAGGGCAUCCACCACGGCUCUCCACCUCCCUCACUAUGCUAGGGCAUCCACCACGGCUCUCCACCUCCCUCACUAUGCUAGGGCUUUUUCUCUUACCAGGAGAUCUCCACUGGAUUAUUGGAGAUGCAUUGUUUCUCUAUAAGCUUACAUUCCAGUCAGAGUAUGGUAACUCUCUAUUGGAGGGUAGCUGGGGGCCGCCAUGUAUGGAAAGAUAGACUAGUGGACCAGGCAUGUGUGAAGGAGAGGGAGGCCAGGCAAGAGAGGAGAGAGAGAUGGGUGCAAUAGGAUCAGUGUUGUUGGCCUGGCCUAACUAGCCUCUACUCAACAUGUCCCUACUACAGUCUCACCAUUGGCUGUAGCAGUAGUCCACAGGGCAGGUCUCUGUCCCUUUUGGGUAGUCUGUCUGACUACAUGGACGGGGUCGUGUCAUCUCUGAAAGGCAGAGGACAUUCUGGGAGCACUGAUCUCUAACUGUGUUAAGCCGAUGCCAUGGUUUAUCAUAUCAUUCACUCUACUGGAAUGGAGCAGUAGAAGCCUCUGAGACUGAUAAACACUUCGUCACGCGCCCACAGAGAGAUGAAGAAAUCUGUUUGUUCUCUCUCUUUCUCUCCUCUCCCUCUGGACAGCUCCACCCUCACUCAAUUCAGCUCAGAACAGAACGGGCCAGCAGAAAGACACACAGCUUCAGGCAUCAUUACCUUUUCUGUCUGACUGUGUGUGUGUGUGCGAUGUGCAUGUGUGCUUCGGACGUGUGUAUAUUUUUGGAACAUGACCAAGCUUCUGUUUUCCUCUCCUCUGUUGACCCAACUGCAUAGAGACAGAAUGACAUUAGAGUUCUAUGACCACUUAUAAUAACAUAACCAUCCACAAGCUCUUACACUGCAGCUCAUAGCAUAGCUAAACAGUACUGUCCUGUGGCUGACAACCAAAAGUUAAUUUAACUUUGUUAGACUUGUUCUUAGGGUUAUUUUUGUUUACUCUAAGUUGGCUGACAUAUAGGAUGUACGAGUUGCUUAGUGGUCACCAAGCUAAUGUUAAUGCUCUGUUGACAGCAGGCUACAUUAUGGAACACCACCAUGGAUCCCUGUCUUGUUUCAAUGUGUUUAUGUUAUCAGAGCUGGCUGUGUCAGGCUGUUGUAGCACCCUAUUAGGAAGACCUUCAGGUGAGCCUGGCUUAGCUACGUCUGGGUCUUACCUGGGUGAGAUCACCCCAGUCUGACUAGGCAAAUAUCUGAGGGAUCUACUACUAUUGUAUAAUAUAUGACUGUCACACUAGGUAUUGUAUAAUAUAUGACUGUCACUUUAAAGUAUUUUGUUGAGUGUUUUCACUUAUAUUCCCGAAUGGGUUAGCUCUCCAUGACUGACGUCUACUUCUGGGACCGUAUCCACAAAGCAUCUCAGGGUAGUAGUGCUGACCGGUCCAUAUGAUCUUAUCAAUUAUGAUCUGAAAGACCAAACUGAUCCGAGAUCAGCCCUCUACUCUGAGACGCUUUAUGGGUCUCGAUCAUAUCAUUGUUUCUCUGAACCAUAAGGAGAGCAGCUAUGCUAGCAUAUCCUCUUAAUGUGUCAUCUCUGACUGUAGCCUCCUCAAACAUGGUGGAAACUGUCUUACCCUGUUAGAUAGGAUACUGUGGAUAAGUUAUUACAUCUUAGUUGGAUAAGUAAUGCCAUCUCCCAAUAGGGUCUAAAGCUGUUAAAACGAUGUGCUCUGCUAGUGUUUUACUUCAGAAAGACAUAGACAUUCAUCCGUCCAUAGCAUACUGGUUGGGCAGUACCCCUAACCUUCAGACACUUCUUGUCAAUCUCCCCUAGGUACUGCUGGUACUCUGGUAGGUUGCAAAGGAUUGCAUGGAUUUAGCUCAAAACAAUGUGAUAAGAACUCCACCUAGCUUCCUUGUAGGCUACAUUGAGUUUCCACCAUGUGCUUCUCUCAAAUCUAGUGUGUCUCGGGUUGGAACCGAAGGGGUUGAUUCUGGAUUGGACGUGUGUUAGGGGUUGUUUUAUGUGAGACAUGCCCUUGCCUGCCUGGGGCAGGGCCACCGUCUGCAGUGUGACACUGAUUUGAACCAGUAGAUGGAGACAUAUCCCACACAAGCAUUUUAGAGCUACUGAAGUGAUUGCGGAGGUACUUACAUGUACACAGUGUAUGUAAAUAGCAAUUCUCUAACUGUAUAAAUGAGUCUGCUUGCCUUAUAUCACUCUGUUCUUGAAUACAGGUUUGUAUUUUUUCCCGCUUUUUAAAACUUGAUUUGUAGUUGUUCUCUCUUUUCUUUGGGUUUUAAUCUGAAUUCUUAUUGGACAAAUCAUAUUGGAUUUCUUUAAGAGGAGGCACCUCAGCCCCUCUGUAAGGCCUUAUGCUGUGAAGAGUGCUACUUGUGUUUUUAAUCUCUUCUGAAUUUCUCACUCUCUUCUAUCUCUCUUUCUCAAGAAGAGGCAUUUUAAUUGGUCAGUGAUAAUCCAAUAACAGUUGAUUUCCUUGUCCCAGUCCUGUAGGACAUUGCUCAGUAGAGAAGGGGAUUUCCUCAGCCAGGUAUUCUGACAUUAUGUGUUGGGUAACUACCAAACAGAAGUCAUGUAGUCCCAACCUGUCUUUUACACUGGUCUGUUCUUCCCUUACUAUCAGGCUGGUUACCUUAUCCAUGGCAACAAGGCAAUUCCCUUGUUUCCUUUUCUCUAUUCUGUUUUGCUACAGUUUGCACUGAAGAAAAGAUGGAACACACUGUAAACACAUUCUUGCUGUCCUGACAACGCUACUUGACAUUAUUUUAACCAGUGUUCAUUUCAUUUUUUAAAAUAUUUAUUGUUGAUUUAUUUGUGUGUGUUUGGAAACAGUAUUAUUGUGCACAGGAACUCUCGUUGUGAGAGAAUAUUCUGCAUUAAUAUAUUUUGUGCCAGCUGUCAAUACUCCACUGUUAUAAAGGAUAAGACGUUUCUGUGCUGAGAUAAUGGUAUUUAACAUGGACUGAAUGACAGUCAUGUACCAAUAACAAUGCUACAAAUAAAGAAAAUAAAUCUUCA